AUGCCCCUUCCACAGAUUUGGCGCAGGCGAAAGGCGUCGGGGCGCAUCCAGCCAACGCACAUUUCCCUUCCCAUUCCGAUACCAGAGUCGGAGAUCCCACCAUGCUUUGCGCCGGUGUCGACCCCGAAGGCGACGAUGCUCGCGUCUGCACGGCCGAUAUUCUCGUCCAUCAACACCACGACGAGCACUGCGAACGUCACCACAAUGACGAUCGCACCCGUACCUCCUCAGCGCCCUACCCGCCUCGUCUCCCGCUGCGCUCCAUGCUCCUGUAUGCCCGGCUUCGGGCUGGAAGAGGACCUGGGCGAAGCGGAGAGGUCACACGUCUACAGCUGCUCCCUCGUCGAGGCCGCCUGCGCGUACGCGGCCGCGACGGUCGGGAGCGAGUACGUUAGCCUGGAGGAAAGGAGAGCGCGAAUGGAGGAGUGGAGAGCACGUGUAGAGGAACAAGAGGCGGCACUGGCGGGCAGGCGUGCCGCAUUGGAGGCGAAGUUGCAAGCCCUGCAGGACGGCGAGCUCACGCUGGAGUCUCUUCCUGAGGUCGAUACACCGGUGGACAACGUUGAGAUUCCUGUAGCGGAUCCUGCACCUGUUGAUACCAUCGACAGGACCUUCAACAUCGCCAAGCGCUCGAGCGCCUAUGCGUCCUCGAUAGCCACAACCGACUCCAGAUCAAGCACCGCAUCCACUUCCACCUCAACCUCAACGCCAACCCUUUCCCACUCGACUACCUCCACUCCCAACUUCUCGCACUCUACCACUUGCUUCAGCUCGACCGACUCUUUGGGCCCCAUGACCCCCUACGAUGUCUACGACGACCCCUUCGCCGGCCCUGAGGGUUGGGAGCCAGCCGACGAGGAGAAGGGAGUUCUCGCCAGUCUCGAGUCUACCCGAGACGCCUUCGCCGACCUCGGGCGGUACGCGGAGGUCGGACGAUAUGCAGAGGCCGGUCGGGGGUCCGCGCAGAACCAAUACGGCAGCAACUUCGACAUCAUCACCACCCCCGGUCCCGGCGGCGUCGCCAGCGUCCUCCGCGUCAUGGAGAAGGGCGGCGGGCAAGCCAUGCUCGACGCGAACGCGCACUGGAGCCAGAAGUAUCGGCAGACUGUUGCUAAGUCUGUAAAUGAUAGACCGCCACCGUUAAUCGGCGGUGUCCUUGAGAGGUCGGAGGCGGGAACGUUGUUUACAGAACUAUCGGAGGCGUCGAAAGAAUAUGGCUGGUCACUAGAUUUAGACCUCUUGACGCCGCGCGCGGAGCCCGGUGGGCAGCGGCUGCCCAUCCACACGUUCUUCACGAAGCAUUAUUGGACGCCUGAGUAUUCGUGA